UAUAAGUUCCUAAACAUUUUCCGUCGGUCUCAAACUCUUCUUGUCCAGUUUCACUUACCACUGCUUUGUCCGCUCUUCUCCUUAAAAAACCCAAAAAGAAAAAAAAAGAAAAAGAAUGCAGUACAAGAACCUCGGCAGAUCUGGUUUAAGAGUGAGCCAGCUCUCCUACGGAGCGUGGGUCAGUUUCGGUAACCAACUCGAUGUUAAAGAAGCAAAGUCACUCCUUCAGUGUUGUAAAGACAACGGGGUCAACUUUUUCGACAACGCCGAGGUUUAUGCCAAUGGCCGAGCUGAGGAGAUCAUGGGUCAGGCUAUUAGGGAGUUGGGAUGGAAACGCUCGGAUAUCGUGGUUUCGACCAAGAUCUUUUGGGGUGGACCGGGGCCUAAUGAUAAGGGUUUGUCGAGGAAGCAUAUUGUGGAAGGAACUAAAGCGUCGUUGAAAAGGCUUGAUAUGGAUUAUGUUGAUGUGAUCUAUUGUCAUAGGCCAGACUCAAGUACUCCUAUUGAAGAGACGGUGAGGGCUAUGAAUUAUGUCAUCGAUAAGGGUUGGGCAUUUUACUGGGGGACAAGUGAGUGGUCAUCACAACAAAUUACUGAAGCAUGGGGAGUAGCAGAGAGGUUGGACUUGGUGGGGCCAAUAGUGGAGCAGCCUGAGUAUAAUUUAUUGACUAGGCACAAGGUUGAAUCUGAGUACCUUCCUCUGUACAGCAACUAUGGCCUAGGGCUUACCACAUGGAGUCCACUUGCAUCUGGAGUGCUUACUGGAAAGUACAGCAAAGGAAGUAUACCAACUGAUAGUCGGUUUGCAUUAGAUAAUUUCAAAAAUCUUGCUAACCGAUCGCUAGCUGAUGAUGUGCUGAAGAAAGUCAAUGGACUGAAGCCAAUUGCAGAUGAACUAGGUGUACCUUUGGCUCAACUUGCAAUUGCAUGGUGUGCUGCAAACCCUAAUGUAUCAUCGGUUAUUACUGGUGCUACAAAGGAAUCUCAGAUUCAAGAGAACAUGAAGGCACUUGAUGUAAUCCCAUUACUGACCCCUGCUGUUAUGGAGAAGAUUGAGGCUGUUGUUCAAAGCAAGCCAAAGCGUCCAGAUUCAUAUAGGUAGAUGCAGGAUGCUUGUCGUCUUCUCCGUUGAUGACACAUUGGCGUAUUGUCCUUUGCGUAGCAUUCUUUUAGAGCAAGGCUAUGCAUCAUUCUGUUAUCUAUUUGUGUACUUGAUGUUUAUUUGGUUUCCUAUUUUUGAUACUUGGACAUCUGAACUUCUGUGUGUAUGACACCUUUAUUGGGGGGAAAAGGGGUCCAAAAAAAAAGAAGUGAAUUGGGAUAUAGAACAAGUUUGGAACUGCUGGUGAUUAGUGGUGGAUUGUUAAUGCAUAUGGUUCGGAAUACCGUGUUAAUGAGAACGCAUUUUUUGACAAUUUUCUA